UUUUUUUGUUUUUUUUAGUGACGGCGCAAACCGGUGAAGCAACCAAUGAGUCAGCAGCUGAUUAAAUUGUGCCUAGCAAACCUAUACAUAUAUAUCGAACCGCAACAGCUCCAGUGAAAACGUCUGCGCAAGAAGGCGACAACAAUUUUUUUAUUAUUAUUUUCAGUAAAGUUAUACGUCUUUCAGAGCUAACAAUAACAAUGGCAGUUCCCGUAGCUGCAAUACAACUGAGCUCACCGUCAAGCCCGGGUCUUCUGGAGCACACCAUUCACACCAGCGAGAGAGAUUUGGGAAGGAUUUCACAUAAAAGUGAAAAUGACACCUUACCUUUACAUUCUCCAUGGACUUUCUGGCUUGAUAGAUCUUUACCUGGAACAACAGCAGCUGAAUGUGAGUCAAACCUGAAGAAAAUCUACACUGUGGAGACUGUUCAGAACUUUUGGAGAGUUUACAACAACAUACCUAGUGUCUCUAGCUUGCCUCUGAGGUGUAGCUAUCAUCUGAUGCGAGGAGAAAGGAAGCCUCUUUGGGAAGAAGAAAGCAAUGCUAAGGGUGGGGUUUGGAAGAUGAAAGUGCCCAAAGAGUGCACAUCUUCUGUGUGGAAGGAGUUGCUGUUGGCUACUAUCGGAGAACAGUUCAGUGACUACUGUGCCUCAGAUGAUGAAGUGGUUGGGGUCAGCGUCAGUGUACGAGAUCGAGAAGAUGUGGUUCAGGUCUGGAAUGGAAAUGCUUCCUGUGCCAACGAGUCCAACGUCUUAGGAAAGAUCUAUGAGCUCCUUCCACAGAUUCCUUUUAAAGCUGUGUUCUAUAAACCACAUGAGGAGCAUCAUGCUUUUGAAGGAGGUCGAUCCAGACAUUAGUACAUUUUGCUCAUCAGACCCUUGGAGGUAUACAAUAUCCAUUUUUGCUGGUGAAGGUGUUUUGGACCAUAAUACUCGGGCAAAUUUCAAAGCAGUUGAGUUGUUAAUCUUAGUUACCUCAAUUUAGCCCAAGUAUUAUGAAUCAGGCAAUGAAAUUCACUUUUUCUGAGCACUACUGACAUGACAAAAAUAGUUAUUUUAGUCAAAAGCAUAAACUGUUUUAGUUUUAGAUGUGACAGUGUUUUUGUAUAUUUUUAUAAUGUAGAGUUUUACAAAAACUAAACAGAAAAUCACCUUUUCUUAGAUGCGUUCAUGCAUUUUUGAACAGUUUACUAACCACAAAUCUCUUAAUAUAAAUGAAGAAGAAAUAAAGUUCCACAAUCAAAUUCUUUGUCCCAAUAAUACAUCACAAGGAUUUUCUACUUUGUUCUUAUUUCUAUUAAAUCUUUAACAUAAUACUCAAGCAGAACAUUGCACUUUUUGUUUAUUUUCAUGUGUAGGAUAUGAGCAGAAGAAUGAAGUAUGUUUUUGUUACAAUAAAAUGACCUCAAUGCACAGAACACCUUGAAUAGAUUAUGAGAAAUAUAUGCAAUAACUUUUUUCUGUAGAGUUUAUGGCAGAUGUGUUGUGUAGUGGUUAUCAUUUUGAUUCAGCCUCUGUCCUAAAGCAAGCACUUUGUUACUGUGUGUAUGUAGUGUGUGUGUGUGUAAGAUAUCUAGAUGUCCCUCCAGGAUAAUCUGGAGUUUUGAUUCCUGAGACCAAACAUUCUUUGGUUUUGUGUCACCUUUUCUGCCUAACCAUAAAACUGUUUUCCUUUUUGUUCAUUUUUAUAUGACUUUCAUUUUUUCCUGCUUUGGUUAUUAACUUAAACACAUCGACACCAAAGUGCUUUCACUUUUUAUUUGAUUGUUGUUCAAAUUAAAUUUUAGCACCUACUGUUUUUUCAAAACAUAAGAAAUGGCCCAAGGAGAAGUAAAUAAUGAAUUCAUGGCUUACAGAACCCUGUCAGCAGGGCACAGAAAUGGAGAAAUGUUGCUGAAUCACAGGCCAAAAGCUGUGCGAAACAAAUUGGCUGAACAAAGACAACUUAUAAGUGCCACACCAAAAUAAUGAGUUUCUCUGUACUCACUAUUUUCUGCAUUUUUUUAAGUCAUAAUCUCUUUUGGGGAAAUGUUUUAUGUUCAUGAAAUUUCUCCCAUCAAAGAUGCCAUUCUUGUGUGUUUGAGUGACUGCACAGAGGAGGGUAAAUUCGACUGUUAUUUAAGAAGUGAUUUCUAGAGAUCUAUAUAGUAUUCAUUCAAACUUUGAGUGCUUUUUUAAUUUAUCAGUCAAAUUGAAUGAAGAAUUUUUCAUGCUGAUGGCCAAGUUUGCAUUCUCUUGUAAAAAUCAGUGACUAAAGAAUUAUAUGUGAAACCACACACUCAUGUUAAUUCUGCUGUUCAUAUGAUGAUAAAGUGCAUACUUUAGUCUGACUAUAACAGUCUUUUUUACCCUGCACAUGAAUUGCUAACAGCUCACUUCAGAUCUAAGACCUUGUAACUAAUUGUUGAUCUUGGAUGGUGCCUUGUGUUUAUCAGCAGUUUACAAUGUUAAAGUCCUGUGUUCAGCAUGUUGAAAUUGUGUACAUAGUCUCAUUUUUUCUUUAUUGGUUUUACAUGUGAUGAAAAUAAAAAAUAAAGAAUGAAACUUU